CUUGGAAUUAACAAAUAUAAUUUAACUAAAUUAUGAAACACAAAUAAUAUCUACUGACCCUUUCAUAGUGUAUAUGUAGUAAAUAAGAAAAUGUAAUUUCAGACACAUCAUCAACAGGUAACAGUUAUAGAGAUGCAUGAUUAAAUGGAAUCCUUUUAUUUAGCUUUUCUCUUUUUUAACUUGCUUUAAAUUUUAUGAUAGGUGUAAUUGCUCUUGUAAAAAUUUCAAAAUGUUUAUAUUUUAAAAGAACCUCUAUCUUAAAACUAUAAAUGAAAAUUUGUAUUUAUUAACUACUAUAUUUAAUGAAUAUAUCUAGGAUUGCUAGUUGACACUAAAUACUAAGUAAAAAAUGUACCUUAACCAACUUAAUUAUUUUACCUGUACAUAAUAUCAAACAUUAUUCCAAUAAAACAUGUUAUUUCAGUAAAAUGGAAGGACGAUCCAAUCAAUUAGAAUAGUUGAUAUAUAACUAUAUAAGAAUAGAAAAAUAAAAUUUUUAUAUUAUUUAUUGCCUAUUUAAUAUUUUCACUAGGUAUUCUCUUCCAACAGCAUUAUUAGAUAAUAAUUUAAUGUAUAACAAAUAAUUAAAUAUCUAAAAUGUCUACACAAGUAGAUACCUAUCAAGUAUAUUGAUAUAAGAAAAUAACUUAAAUACUAAACUAAAUCAUAAAUUAAAAAUUUCCAAGAAAAAAAAUAAAAUAGUUAGGUCUAAUGCAUUGGAAUUAAAUGAUUAAUGCAACAAUGAGCAAACUGUGGUCUUUGUGAAAUACUUUUAUUAUUUUAAUUAGGUGUUAAUACUUGACUUAUAAAUAAUAAUUUAUUCUCAAGUUACACAAAAAAACCAAAAUUGGAUUUUUGUAAAAAAUUCCGUUUUCUUUUAAUUUUGUUUUUGUUUUUCUCGAUUAUAAUAAAAAUGAUAGGGAAUUUUUUGUUUUGAACUCUUAUUAAAGUAAAAAUUAGAUUAUAUUGUUUUUUUUUUUUUUACCUAAAAUCACUCUCUAAGCUGACAAGCUGUGAACCAAAUCAUUUUAUUAACUAUACGUAGUUCGUAGAGCAUUAUAUUAUUCAUCGCUCCGCUCAGAAUCUAUACGUAAUAUACAAGUUAUGAUAACAUUUCCAAGUAAAUACUUAGUAGUUACAAUUUAUACCUAUUAAUGAUUUAAGAGAAAAAAAAAUAUCAACAAUAAUACUUAAAUUCCUUGAAGAUUGUUAAAAUACAAUGCAUCGAAUUAAAUUUAUUUUGUUUCCAUGGAAUCUUGUUGUCAUGUGAAAGUGUAUUUCCUAUAUUAAAUUUUAUCUAAUAAAAUACUGUACUCUAUAAUUUUCAUUAGUCUAUUAUAGUAAACCAAUCUACAUAUAAAUAUAUACCUCAUAAAUAAUAUACUAAGCAAUUAUAGCUUAUAUAUUUAAAUUUCCGUAAUUAUAUUAUAAAAGUUUUAAAACAUAAAAAAUGAGUAUUGUUGAUGAGGAAAGUAAAACCGAUAAAUUGAAAAUUGAACUGCUAGAGCUCCAGGAGAAUAUUAAUUUGAAAAUGACUCAACAAUUGUUCUUGCGCGACAUUAUGGAAGCAAAUUACCAUCGAAUGACCGAAAAAUGUGAUGUGUAUGAGAAGGAAUUAGAAAAGAUUCGCUCGGAAAAUACACGUUACAAGUUCGCAGAACAAUGUUUGAAAAAUAAAGUUAUAGAAUUAACCGGUUGCGAGUUCGCAAAAAGUUCGACCAGCUCCGACAAAGACGAUGCUGAAACAUCUUUACAAUUGGAAGUGUGUAGUAACAAACUGCUGGCAGAAUUGAAGAGGUACAGGGACCAGGCCGAGGUGGCGUCCAGAGACUUGGCGGGUGCCAAAGACCAGCUGACCAAAGCGUCGGAGAUGGAAGAACAUCUGAAGCGGUGCGCGGCCAGCUUGACGGUGCUCGCCGAAGCGGACCAGACGAAGCGGGACCGCGAGGAGAUGGAGUUGCGGACGAUGGCCAAGCGGCUGUCGGCCGAGCUGGGUGACGCGCAGUGCGACUUGGGUCGGAUGCGGACGGCCGUGGAAGAUAUGUCGGACGUGGUAACGGGGAACAAGCCGGCGCCGAUCACGUGCAGUGGCGAAGGGCUGCGCGAGGACAAAUGCCGGUUGCAAGCCGAACUGGAAGCCAACUUGGCGGAAGAGGCCGCGCUCCACGCCAGGGCCGCCAAGCUGGAGACGGCGCUGCGGCAAUGUCACUUGCGUGUGGACGCGAAGUCCCGGGACAGGCAGUGCGCCGGCGGUGGAGUGUUGCGGGGCCGACCGUCCACGUCUCUGUCACAGCGACGCCCGCAGCCUCGGGACAACGAUAACAAAACGGUCACCUUGCCGGUCUCCGAACACGACUACUACGAAACGUUACCACUGCCGCCGCAUUUAAUAAAAAUAAUGAAAAAAUACGGAAAUCCGAGUAGUCGCCAAUACUAUGAACUCGAAGGGAACACCUGUUCGCCGACCGCGGCGGUGCACUUUUUACAGGAGGAAAGACCGACGGACGAUUGA